AUGACCGUGCAGUUCUGCAGCGACUGCGGAAACCUGCUUCCCAGCUCGCAGGAUCGCCAAGUCAAGUGCGACUGCUGCGCCAAGCUGUGCAAGAACACGCUGCUCGGCAGCGUCAGCUUCUCCUCCACGAGCGACUUCCCCUCCGAGCUGCGCAACAAGCGCAUCAUCAACAUGCCGAAACAGCUCUCCGCGCAGGACACCUGGUCCCGGACCGACGUGAAAUGCCGCGAGUGCGGCGCCGAGGAGGUCCAGUACACCGCGCUGCAGCUGCGCAGCGCCGACGAGGGCACCACCAUGUUUUACUCGUGCCCCAAGUGCUCGGCAAGGUGGAACGAGAACAACUGA